AUGGCAAGCUCCAACGAGACAGCCGUCAAGAACAUCCGCGAGUAUGCUGUCGAGGCGCACGAGCGGCAGCAGAGCCAGAUGGACGUCGACGCGUCUGACAUUGAGACGCGUCUUGAUGCAACGCGAAGGGAGCUUGAGGAGCGGGUGACCCAACAUCGAAUUGCUCUGGAGGAGUUACGCUCAGCGCCUCAAGGCUCUUUUCAUACUAAGCCCUCGGAUGAUCCCCGCGAGCGUCUGGCUCAGCUGCAGAUUCUCAGAGAUGCAUACGAAAGCCUGAAGCCUAGCGUGCCGUUCCUCCCAUCUCGUAAUUCGUUGCUGCCUUCUCUUCUGGCGGCCCGCACGAUCCAGCAAACCGUGUCUGGCACCCAGGAAGCAAUCACCGCGACCAAAGAGCAGCUCAAACACUCCGAGCAGCUCCUGCGCCAAGAAGAGAGCAACUUACAUGACGCAAACCUCAUUGCCACCGCCAUGGCAAACCGUAUCGAAAGGCUCCGAUCUCAGAAAGAAGCCAAGUCGCAAAAGACCCCUCAAGAGGUUGCCAAAGACUUGAUCGAUGCCAAGCAGCGCCAGAAAGAACGAUAUGACGAGGAGAUGAAGAAACUCGGUCAGGCGUUUGAGAUCUUCGUUGACGAGCAACUUGCUGGCAUGCUAGCAGCCGAGGAUCUCGGAGGUCCCGUUGUCGGCGAUAUGAUGGACGUAGACGAUGAUGUGCUCGCAAUAGGGUUCACCCAGCAGGGGAGGCUGAAGACCUCCAAGAAGCACAUCUCCGAGCCCAGAAGGCAGAAGCGGCUGGAUGAGAUAUGGGGGGACACAGCUACGACCGAAGAAGGCCAGCAGCUGACCGAGAUCGACGCCGCUGGGAGAGAGCUUCGAGAGCUCAUUGAAGACCUCUUCACUUCUCUAGUUGGGAGUAGAAGCACGGAUGCAUAUAUCGAACUGGAGAGGGAAUCGGCAGCUUCCAGGUUUCUUAUACGAGCGAGGAUCGCGCAGUUCCAUCCAAAGGACGCUCGGAAGUUGCGACUGAUUGACUUCGGGCGGGAGUUAGACGAUUGA